CUGCAGAGCAUGCUGCCGCCCUCGGUGGUCGUGCAGGGGCUGCGCGACUCCACCGAGACCCCGGCGGCGAGCGAGGCGGGCGAGGUGUGCCUGCUCACCGACAGUCCCUUCCGCAUCCUGCGGGCGGCGGAGAGCGGUAACGUCGAGGACUUCGGGCGGCUGUUCCGCGCGCAGCCCGCGCGCCUGCUCGUCAGGGACUCCCGGGGCCGCGCCGCGGCGCACCAGGCGGCCGCCAGGAACAAGCUCAACAUCCUGCAGUUCAUCGUCAACCACGGCGGCGACCUGAACGUGCGGGACCACGUGGGCAACACCCCCCUGCACGUGGCCGUGGAACACGACAGCCUGGAGGCCGUGGACUUCCUGCUGCAGGCCGGGGCGGACGCGAGCCUGCUGAACGACAAGAAGCAGGCGGUGGUGCACCUGGCCACCGAGCUGAACCGCGCCGCCGUGCUGCGGCUCAUGGCCCGCCACAGCGACAAGGUGGACGUGCAGCAAGGGGGCGAGCACGGCCGCACGGCGCUGCACAUCGCCGCCAUCCACGACCACGAGGAGUGCGCGCGCAUCCUGAUCACGGAGUUCGGCGCGUGCCCCAGGAAGCCGUGCAACAACGGCUACUACCCCAUCCACGAGGCGGCCAAGAACGCGUCGUCGCGCACCAUGGAGGUGUUCCUGCAGUGGGCCGAGUCGCGGGGCUGCAGCCGCGAGGAGAUGAUCUCCUUCUACGACUCGGAGGGCAACGUGCCGCUGCACUCGGCCGUGCACAGCGGCGACAUCAAGGCGGUGGAGCUGUGCCUGCGCUCGGGCGCCAAGAUCUCCACGCAGCAGCACGACCUGUCCACGCCCGUGCACCUGGCGUGCGCGCAGGGAGCCGUCGACAUCGUGCGCCUCAUGUUCGCCAUGCAGCCGGCCGAGAAGGCGCAGUGCCUGUCGUCGUGCGACGUGCAGAAGAUGACGCCGCUGCACUGCGCCGCCAUGUUCGACCACCCGGAGAUCGUCGAGUACCUGGUGCACGAGGGCGCAGACAUCAACGCGCUGGACAAGGAGAAGCGACCACCGCUGCUGCUGGCCGCGUCUCGCGCCGGCUGGCGCACCGUGCACGCGCUCGUCCGCCUGGGCGCCAGCAUCCAGGUCAAGGACACCAACCAGCGCAACGUGCUGCACCUCAUCAUCAUGAACGGCGGCUGCCUCGAGGAGUUCGCCGACCAGGUGCUCAAGCUCACCGCGCAGUCCAAGGUGAGCCUGCUGCAGCUGCUGAACGAGAAGGACAGCACGGGCUGCUCGCCGCUGCACUACGCCAGCCGCGAGGGCCACAUCCGCAGCCUGGAGAACCUCAUCCGCCUGGGCGCCUGCAUCAACCUCAAGAACAACAACAACGAGAGCCCGCUGCACUUCGCCGCCAGGUACGGGCGCUACAACACCGUGCGACAGCUGCUGGACUCCGAGAAAGGCACCUUCAUAAUCAACGAAAGUGACGGAGAAGGGCUGACUCCUCUUCACAUCGCCUCGCAACAAGGCCACACGAGGGUGGUGCAACUGCUGCUGAACAGAGGCGCGCUGCUGCACCGGGACCACAACGGCCGCACGCCGCUGCACCUCGCCGCCAUGAGCGGCUACACGCAGACCAUGGAGCUGCUGCACUCUGUGCACUCGCACCUGCUCGACCAGACCGACAAGGACGGGAACACAAGCCUCCAUCUAGCGACCAUGGAGAACAAGCCGAACGCCAUUGCUUUGCUGCUGUCUAUGAACUGCAAGCUACUCUAUAACAACUCGGAGAUGAGCGCCAUAGACUAUACUAUAUAUUACAAGUUUCCAGAAGCCGCUCUUGCUAUGGUCACACACGAAGAGAGGGCCCAGGAGGUAAUGGCUCUGAAGUCCCACAAACACCCUUGCGUCACUCUAGCACUGAUUGCCUCCAUGCCGAAAGUGUUUGAGGCCGUCCAAGACAAGUGCAUCACCAAAGCCAACUGCAAGAAGGACUCUAAAUCGUUCUAUAUCAAGUACAGCUUCGCCUGCCUCCAGUGUCCGUCUCUGUACGCGCAGCUGGACGAACGAACUGGUGACGUCAUCGUCAUAUCCGGUGCCAUCCCGCUUCCGGCCAUGAACGCGAUGGUGGCCCACGGCCGAGUGGAGCUGCUGGCGCACCCGCUCAGCCAGAAGUACCUGCAGAUGAAGUGGAACGCGUACGGCAAGUACUUCCACCUCGCCAACCUGCUGCUCUACACCGUGUUCCUGGCCUUCGUCACCUUCUUCUCCGCGGAGCUCAUGGAGAUACAGGACCAGAUAGAAGAAUAUAACGCAAGUAACUUAGUACAUGAUAGUUACUAUAAAUUCCAUAUGAAUUCUAUUUUGAAUAUUCCUAUCAACAAGGGCUCCCCGCUGCUGGUGCUGUGCGCCGUGUUCAUCGUGACGUACGUGGUCGUGAACACUCUUCGGGAGGUGAUACAGCUCUACCAGCAGAAGUGGCACUACCUGCUGGACCCGGCCAACUUCGUGUCCUUGUUCCUGUACGUGUCGUCGGUCAUCAUGGUCGUGCCCAUCUUCUUCGACGACUACGAGGAGCUGCAGCUGGCCUGCGCCUCCCUCACAGUGUUCCUGUGCUGGUUCAACCUCUUGCUGUACCUCCAGAGGUUCGACCAAGUGGGGAUCUACGUCGUGAUGUUCCUCGAGAUCCUGCAGACUCUCAUCAAGGUGUUGCUGGUCUUCUCCAUCCUCAUCAUUGCGUUCGGCCUGGCCUUCUACAUUCUUCUGUCGAGGGGCAACCACGUGUCGUUCAGCAGCGUGCCCAUGUCGCUGAUGCGCACCUUCGCCAUGAUGCUGGGCGAGAUCGACUUCCUGGGCACGUACGUGCAGCCGUACUUCCAGACGCGCGACGACGACAGCAGGGCCGGCGAGGACUACGACGGCAAGCUGCUGCCCUACCCGCUGCCCUCGUUCCUCAUCCUCGGCCUGUUCAUGGUGCUCAUGCCCAUCCUGCUGAUGAACCUGCUCAUCGGUCUGGCCGUCGGCGACAUCGAGUCGGUGCGCCGGAACGCGCAGCUCAAGAGGCUCGCCAUGCAGGUGGUUCUGCACACGGAGCUGGAGAGGAAGCUGCCGCGGUUCCUGCUGGAGAAAGUGGACAAGCAGGAACUGAUCGAGUACCCCAACGAGACCAAGUGCAAGCUCGGCUUCCUGGACGCCGUGCUCAGGAAGUGGUUCUUCAACCCCUUCACAGACGAUGGUGAGAGACAUGUUCACAAAAGAUCUUCUAAUUACAGAAAAAAAGGUUUGGACAUGGUGCUGGACAAUCACGAGGAUUACAUCAGCGAGGAACUCGGAAAACAGAAGCGGAGGCUGAAGGAUAUAUCGGGCGUGCUCGAGACACAGCACUUGUUGCUUCGUCUGAUCAUUCAAAAGAUGGAGAUCAAGACGGAGGCGGACGACGUGGACGAGGGCGUGUCCCCGAGCGACGUGCGGCCCUUCAUCGGGGCGUCGAGCAAGUGGACCUCGCCCCGGGUGCGCAAGAAGCUGCGCACGGCGCUCAGCUUCACCAAGAGCCAGUCCACGUAGGCCCGGGCCUUGCGCCACUCCGCCUCGGUGGAACACUCCACGUGGAGCACGUCGAUCUCGACGAAACUGCGUAUUGUAAACUACGGUUUCGUGAUGAUCGGUUGUGUGUUCGUGGUGCACGAAUUGGUUUGCAAUCCAAGCAUAUCACAGCUUUCCAUGUCUAUAUGACGCUGCUGCUGCUGCUGCUGUGUAACAAUUAUUAUGUUUCUGUAUCAGUGAAUUGGCCUCAUUUAUAAUGUAUGUUGCAUACACGAGCAUAUUGAACUUCUGAAUAAUAAAGUUUUAAUAUAAUCAGUUCAAAUGGGUUGAAUAAAAAUGUUCCAACAGCAUAUAAUGCAAUUAAACAUCCGAUAACUA